UACGGGGCAAAAGUUGGCUGCGCGUGCCACGAACGACUUACAAAUUAACCAUCGUUCAAAGGCCAACGAUAUGCCGUGAUGAAUACCUUCGUUACUGGUUAUAUCGUUUCUUAAUAGAUGGUGAUAAAAUGACGCAGCACGAUUAGAUUGAGAGAUGCACCGCCUCCCUCUCUCUCGCACACUCGAGCGAUGCGAAUUCUGACAGCUGCUGCUAUGUAAUCUACUGCUGCCAGAGCAGGCUGCGAUUGAUUUGACAGUUCCACGGUUCCCGUUCUGUUCCAUUCGUUGGUACCAAAAGUUCCAAAACCGGACCACAAAAACGAUAGUGCGUUCGGGCGAGGGGCUGAUAACACAGUAAGGUGGCGGGAGUGGCUCGCGAAAAGUCCGUGCCAGCAUAAUUAGCUCCUAAUGCUCUACCCCCGUCUCUGAUAACCUGACCGGUGCAGAUUGUGUGCCAAUCCAAUUUAAGUGAUUUCGCGAACCACCAACUGCGGUGCCAUACCGCGCCAAUUGGAGCAUCAAUCCUAGCCCAUUGUGAGCCUUAAAAAAGAAACUCUUAAAGUGAAUUAUAGCGCCGGGCAUCUAGCAACCCGGAAGGUGUUCAAACCUUCGGCGAGACACGCCCGUCGAAAAUGAGCCGGAAAGAGGCUGUGACGAGUAGUACCACCACGUGAAGGGAAGGAGGAAAACGUAUCGAACAUACUGACCGGGGCCAGGUCAGGCGCCAUUACAGUGUGCAGUGACAGCACCGUGUGUUUGCUGUGUGUGCGCCCGCGAUUUCCAGGCCAAAGGGGCUCCGGGAAGGGCCAAACUAAGGAGAGCAAAAGGCGAACAGAAACCCGAAUAAGAAGCAUCCCGCAGCAGCCGCAGCACCACAGACAUGGCGCCGAAAUCGAGAAAAAAGAAGGCAAACGCCCGUGCGCUCCAGUGUUACUGCGAGGGCCACUGUCCCGGGAAUGUGCAGAAUGGGACGUGCGAAACGCGCCCGGGUGGUUCCUGCUUCGCGUCGGUCGAGGAGGUCCUGGAUGAGGAAACGAAACAGUGGGUGCCCGAGUGGAGUCACGGCUGUAUGUCGCCCGAGCAGGGCGGCGGACUACUACAGUGCAAAGUUGGAACCAUGUCACCGCAGAUACACGGCAAGAGUAUCGUGUGUUGUGAUAGCGAAAACUUUUGUAACCGCGACCUGAUGCCGGAGUACAAUCCGCGGACGACGACGACGGAAGCCCCGCCACCGGUUGACCCGCACAGUAUGCCCAUGCUGGCCCUCAUCGCCUCCAUCGUCACCUGCUCGGUGCUGUUCGUGUUUCUGGUCACCUGCAUGUACUGCGUGUACCGGAGGCGCGAGAAGCGAAAGCCGGGCUACCUGAUGAACUCGCUCUACAACACGACCAACGGCCACCUGCCCAUCGCCGAUCUGGUGGAGCAAAGCAGCGGAAGCGGCUCCGGACUGCCGCUGCUGGUGCAGCGGACGAUCGCCAAGCAGAUCCAGAUGGUGCACUCGGUCGGGAAGGGCCGGUACGGCGAGGUGUGGCUGGCCAAGUGGCGCGACGAGCGGGUGGCCGUCAAGAUAUUCUUCACCACCGAGGAAGCGUCCUGGUUCCGGGAGACCGAAAUCUACCAGACGGUGCUGAUGCGCAACGAGAACAUUCUCGGCUUCAUCGCGGCCGACAUCAAGGGGACCGGCUCGUGGACGCAGAUGCUGCUGAUUACGGACUAUCACGAGCUCGGCUCGCUGCACGAUUACCUGCAGAAGCGGGUCCUCAAUCCGCACAUGCUGAAGCUGCUGGCACUGUCGCUGUCGUCCGGCGUGGCCCACCUGCACACUGAGAUCUUUGGCACACCGGGCAAACCGUCGAUCGCACACCGGGACAUCAAGAGCAAAAACAUUCUCGUCAAGCGCAACGGCCAGUGCGCGAUCGCGGACUUUGGGCUGGCGGUGAAGUAUUCGAGCGAAUCGGACGAAAUCCACAUCGCCCCGAACCCGCGCGUCGGAACGCGCCGCUACAUGGCGCCGGAGGUGCUGAGCGAAACGCUCGACCUGAAGAUGUUCGAGGGCUUCAAGAUGGCCGACAUGUACUCGGUGGGCCUGGUGUUCUGGGAGAUGGCCCGGCGCUGCAUCACGACGGUGCGCAGUGCCAAGAACACGACGACCUGCGAGGACUACGCCCUCCCGUACCAGGACGUGGUGCCGUCCGAUCCAAGCUUCGAGGACAUGUACGCGGUCGUGUGCGUCAAGGGUGUCCGGCCCCCGAUCCCGCAGCGCUGGCAGGACGAGGACAUUCUCGUAGUAUUAUCGAAGAUCAUGCAAGAGUGCUGGCACCCGAGCCCGGCCGUCCGGCUUACGGCGCUGCGGGUAAAGAAGACGCUCGUCAAGCUCGAGACAGAUUGUACGAUUAAGAUAGUGUAAGACGGAGGAGGGCGAGACACGCCAACAGAAACGGCAGUCACUGCUCGAGCCACUUAAUCUGGGACCGGUGCGAUCCUUCCUUCCGAGUGGGAGUCGGAUGCAAACCACGCCUUAUUUAUUUGCCGUAACACUGCACUGGCCGCCGCAUCCCGUGAUCGAGGAACUCGGACCGAUCCGUGUGUAAAUAGCGGUGCCACUGUUAGUUAGUGCCACAUCAUACUGUUUUCUAAGCUGCCCAUCCAUUCACACGGGAACCCCUGAAACCGAUCCCCCAACCACAAAGGCACCCGCGGUUCGCGCGGAUCGUUGGGGUUUGGUGGGGUCUUUGUGCGUUUACUCUGUAUGCCAUAUAGAAGAAAAGUUAGUGAUAAGCGUUUAGAGCGUGUUAGAAGAAUUAAGGGAAUGUGCGGCACACGUCACCUUGAAACGUCGACGUGCGUCGGUUUGUUUUACGUUAAGCUCCGCCAUUCGGCAUUCGGGUCGAUGGCGGUGUCAAGAGACGAUUCUUUUACUUCACGCGCGAACGGUUCGUUUCCGUUUAUUGUAAUAGGGAGGCGGGUCGUCGCCGUAACGAUCUAAGCUAGUUGAUAACAGGACCCCCCUCCGGGACACGGCAUGUCCCGCGCUACAAUUGUUAACACAAACAGGCACCUAGGCGAAAAGAGGAUGGCGCGCCACCCAAGAGAGAUUUGGCAAUAUAUAAUUUGAUAGAUUUCAGUUCGCUUCAAGGCGAUACGAGAGAAGGCUUUUUGUUGUCGAGAUUCACAUUUACAUGUACAUAUAUGAACGCAAUCAAGUCGCAAGAGUACGUUUGCUGUGUGCCGCACUUUGCAAGCCCUACGAGGCGCUCUUCGUUUUGGUUAAGAGCCGCCGGGCAGGGCGGAGGUGUGUGUUCAGGCAGGUUCAGGCGCUUUAGGAGUACAACACUAGAAUUUAAGCAAGUAGCGUAGAAUCGCUUGUAGUGGAAACUGUUUUUCUUUGUAGGAUUGUAGGGCUAGCGUUUCAUUUUCGGUGUUGACAGGCAAAACGGUAGACAAGUAGUGUAAUUUUCUUACUACUCUUACAGUGCUGCGUUUCAGUGUCUGUGUUGUACAUAGGUAGGAAGCAAACUUGGGCAAACGAGCUGUUGCUGCGGUUAAGAGCUUUUUUCCGUGCACUGUAGGUGCACUCGAUGUUCUUCCCUGUUUUUUUUUUGUCUAAUAGUAUGCGCGCGUAGAAAACUAGAAGAAAAGGUUCUCCAAAAGCCACGAAUGAAUUAUUUUUGUAGCGUUUUGUAUUGGAAAAAAAUGUGUUUGAAAGCGAGCAAAACUUACUGUACGACAGUUGUGAAAUCGGAAUAAAAUGAAAUGAA